AUGAUACGACCGGAAUACAUGCGUGAAGCGGUCAAGAUAUUAAAUCAUGCGAUGAACAAUGUUACCAUGUAUAAUCGGCUCACUGGACUGAAUGAGAGCUUUAAUCACUUCUGCGACAGUUUCUGUCAAUUAAACGAGCCAAUUCGGCAGUUCUAUAAUGGCUAUGUGAUUCUGAGUGAGCCAGGUGCCGAACCGACUUCUCGAAUCAAACUCACCUACCCGAUUAGUUCCGUAUUUGGUCGAAAGUUCAGUUUACAGCCAAACUUCUUCGGUGUCGAGCUGUACGAAGACGACGAUGCAACUCGCCUUCUUGGUGGUCCCCGAUUUGGUUGA